CCAACUUUGAUAACAAAGGUAAAGGAAAGGAAAUUGUUGCCGGAAGGUCAAGUAAGGACCUGGAUAAUUCUUCUGCCGCCUUUGAUAAUAAAGGUAAAGGAAAGGAGAUUGUUGCCAGAGGGUCAAGUAAGGACCUGGAUAAUUCUUCUG